CGCAGAGCUUAAGCUUUCAGGUUAUGUUACAUCACCGACACACUGACAUAACCUCGUGGAAUGCUUAUAAAUCUUAUAAUGAUUAGAUAAAAAAUGAUUAUAAUCAUGAAUGAAGUAGUGUAUUUUGUGGUUAAAGUUUAUAUUUUUUUUAAGGAUGGAUAAAUCAAUAAAUAAUCUAUUCAAAAUGUCUUUUAAUUUGAGAAAUCUAAUCGUUUUUCGUAGACGUCUAACUGCUCAUAAUUUCCAAACUUCUCCGAGUCAUUCAUCAAAUAAAGAAGAGUCAAAAUCAAUUUACAAUGACUUGGGCGACAGCCCAUCAGCAAUUUUCGAUUAUAUCAAUAAUAACCAAGAUUCCCUCUCUGGUCAGAACUGUCUCGAAGCUCUUCGAAAGCUCUCGCAAUUUUUUCCAAAAUCGAGUCAUCGAUCGAAUAAAUUAGUGGACAAAAAAGACCUUUUUUUGCUCUGCAAUGAGCUCGACAAGAGAACAAAAAGUUUGGACACCUCGCAAUUAAUCGAAACAAUCCAGUUAUUAUCGAAACUCGGAAUAUCGUCGAAAAGCAUCAUUUUCCAGUCUCUCCUCAGAAAUAUUCAGACCCAUUUUCAUUCCCUGACUGACCAGGAUUCAAGCGAGUUGACCACAAUUUUGAGCAGAGUGAAAAAAUCGGAUUUGACCGAUUCCAUGAAGAUUGCUCUCUCGAUGAUCACGCAGUCGAGGCAGGAAAAAUUAAAUCUGGACAUUAUUUCAUUGUGCGAUCAUUUCUACAAAGCCACGAGUCAGAAAUUCAUCGAGAGGAAUCGGAUUCAUUCAAUUUUGGAUGGGAUUUCAAAAUAUUCGGACGAAAUUCCGGCUCCUACUGCCAAGAGCAUUUUUGUUUCGCUCUCGAAAAUUCCUGAAAUUGUACUCUCUCAGUUUGAUGAUCUUCUCAAGAGGAUUCAGGAUCUCAUUAUUAAUCAGGCACACACUUUUCAAUAUUACAGCGUUGCUGAGAUAUUGGAUGCGACGAUAGAUGCGCAGAAAGGUAACAAUCAGGGAAAAGAAUUCUACAACGAACAACUAAUCGACACCCUAAUUAAUAAUCUUUUAUCAAGAAACAGUCUAAAUCUCGAUGAAGGAAUUAUACUCCUUUUGAAAUUGAGAUUCCUCGGACACUUUCAAAGAUCCCUCAUAGAUUAUUUAGCUUUCAAAUGCUUCGAAAAGCCGAGUUUGAUCUCAAAAAUGAAGAGUUCCCAGCUGCUGCAAUUUGUCUCGGGACUAGCGCUCUUCGAUUAUAAGCCUCCAUUCUGGGAAUCGAUGCAACAAUUGAUGGUGGAAAAUGAAAAUUUGAAGCUGUGUCAUGAAUACACGCUAAUUCGAAUUCUCUGCAAUUUGGCAAUUUUGGACUCAUUCCCGGAAAAGUUAAUUGCCAGGAUUUUUCAGCUGGAGAGGGACAACUGUAAAGAAAUUAAAUUCACGACUCUCGGUCGUUUCGGAUUGCUUUAUCAAUUGGUGAAGACACUUCAUCCGAAUUAUCCGGGUCCCUGGCCUUCGGAGGCGGUUUUAAAUUAUAUUUUUGAGAUUUUGAAAUACGAGCCGGCUCGUUUUCUAACUUAUCCGUUAUUGCCGGCACUCGAGAAAGCGCUGGGAGGAUCGGCAUAUAUUAAAACGAGAGUGAUGACGAAACUUGGCCACGUCAUUGAUCAUGUUAUUGUGAUGAGGAAAGGGGCAUAUCCGAUAGCAAUUAAUCAAGGAAGGGGUAAAGAUGACUCAAAUUAUGAAAAUAAAUCUAUCCCGUUUGUUGAAGACAUCAUUGCUCCUCCAGAAAGUCAAAUGGUUGCAAUUUUAAGCUUGGAUUCGGGUGCUUAUUUGAGAAACGUAAACCAGCCGCGAGGAUAUCUUCAAGCUUCGAUAAAAAGUUUAGAAGCCUUAAAAUAUGUUGUGAUUCCCAUAUAUCUUCCAGAAUGGAUGAAGCUGAAUGAACGGGAUAAAAUCCCUUUCAUUAUGAACCAAAUCAGAUUAAAAUGUCCCACAGAUUCUUAGUUAAUAUAUCAAUUAAAAAUUCGAAUACAAGAAACGAUUUUCUUCAAAAUGAGGAAAAUCGAAUUUCAUUUUCAAACUUUUAUUGAAUGUACAUACACACUUACUUAUUUACAUAAUUGUAAAUGUAGCGACGAUAAAGAAAUUAAUAAAUUGUGUAAAAUAGU